UCCAACUAGAACUGACAAAAGAUGGAGGGUGUUGCCAUGGCAGCGCUCUAACCGUUUGAGUCACAUGGUUGGGGAACUCUCUGAAUCCGGUGAGAAGAGGCUCAGAGGAGUCUGUUUUAGAUGCCAAUGGCAGCAAAAUGAGUGGAGCCCAGGAGGACGGAGCCCUGAUGGCACAGAGCCUCCGUCUGAACAGGACGGCAGGUUUCGAACUACAGGACAGGGAGGUGAACGCGUCCAUGUUUGAGGACAAAGCGUUUAAAAUCGUCAUCAUCGGCCUGGCCUUGUUCAUCCUCACAGUUACUGGCCUCUACUGCAUCAGCAUCUGCUACAGCCGCAACAGGCAGUCAAAGAGAGCCCAUGUUUAUGAGAGCGCCGUGACUCAUGGUGAGACGGAGAAUCCUGUGGCGGUCAAGGCUGUGAAGCGGUCAACCAGUUUCAUCAAACCUCUCGCAUUCUUCAGGAGACCAGAGGCUGCAAAGGAUAACUCCAGGGUCUACUAUAUCUACAGUAACCCUCUGCCUGUGGGAUUAAAUGAGGAAGAGGAGGAGGAACGUAAAAAAGCCACAACCAGCAGCAGCAGACCACAGGGGCCGACUGUGAUGACAAUGCCACCGUCGUUACAAGAGUAUGCCUGUGACCCCAGCAGUGGAUUCAUUCUGGACCCUCCCAUGUUUUACAUGCAGCUUUAAACAUUUAGUUUGAAGUUUAACCCCUGCCUCUUUCAGAAACUUAUAUAGGGUUCCUAAUCUGUUUUAUUCUUGUAAUAAAAUUCUCAUUGGCAUGAGCCAGGAUGAGAUUUUAACUUUGAUUAUCUUGAUUAAAAAUAUCAUGAUUAAAUAACAGAAUAUAAUUUCUUUUAUUUAAAACGAAACAAACUGUUAUUUUUACAGCUGCUAAAAUAUUAUUAUACAUGUAUUAUUAUGGUUAUAAUACUGUUCCAUAAUUAACAGUUAUGUAUUGUUAUUUUGGUUUUCCAUACAUAGGCAAUGUGUACUCUAAACUACUGCUAAAUGUUGUUGGUGUUUUCAUGUGCUUAUUGUGAAGACAUUUCUGCUGCUGAUAUUAGGUCGGUAAAUAGUGCGGCAGCAAGUCUGCAUUCAGCUGCUUAACUGUAAUGCUACCUUAAUAAGAGUGACGGGUGGUACUUUUUUACUUCCCAAACCAUUACCUUCUCUAAAUCUAGCCAAAUUUGUCUUUUUUGUAAGCAAAGCAAAAGGACAAUAGUCUUAUUUCAGCCAAAUGACAGUGCCUAUCAACGGGGGGAUGGGGUGUGGACUCUCCCUUAAUCAACAUUCAAUUCUUCAUACAGCCUGCGCUUUUUCUGUCAUCUCAAUGAAUGGACUAAAUUGGAACAGUAUGGUGGAGAAGGUUUAGGAGAGACAACCAUGCACACACUCACACACAUAAGGACCAUUUGGAGUGGCCAGUUAACAUAAACUGCAUGUUUCUGUACUGUUUGAACCCAUAGCUGCUGUGGCAGUAGCUUUAAUCAUAGAUAUAUUUUCAUGACUCCAGAACCUGAGCUUAAACUAAUUACAAACUGUUAAUGAACGUAAAACAGACCAUCAUGCACCAUAACUGCACUUACAACAACCUUAGGCUCAUUAAGACUCUGAACCUGCAGGCUUUAAGAUUAUAGUUUAGUCUUAGUGUAGUUUUACUCUAUCCAACAUAAACAUUGACAUUCAGGUCAAUUCACAUUUUUUGCCUUUUUUUUGGCAAAUAAUGUUGAAAUUGGUGGUAUUUGUGAUACCAAAACGUCAUUUUUAACUUUUCCUUCCUCUAAAGUUUAGCUUUUGCUUCACAGAUUUACACAGUAUUUCUCAGUGUUGAUUAAGAUUAACUUUUGACCAUUAAAAGUUAGUAAUUUGUAAUUAAAAUCAUUCAUUUUAGACUUAUAUUGCCUACCCCUAUUUAAAAUAUAAGGCCAUGAAACAAAUAAUUUGCCACCACAGGAAAAACAAGUAUUAUGCUGUUAAAAAGAGCUUCACUUAAUUUAAAAGGGAAAAACAAUCUGUCUUAAUCUGCCAGCUCAGCAUUGACACCCUGGUGCUGUUUAUGACAUCAUCAAAACAAUUUAUUUAUAAUUUAGCUAAAAAGUGAAACAAAACACAGUGAGAAAUUUCAAAUAUUUAUGUCUGUUCAUUUUGAUGAUUAUCUCCUACAGAUCAUAAAAACUCAAAUUUCAUUUUCUGAGAAACUUUAAUACAAAACACCAAACAUAUGUAUUUUUAAUACAGAAACGUUAUGACCGACACAAUCAUGUGGAAGUCUGCUGAGUUGACCAGUAUUUCACUGACACUCUCUACAAGUGAGUAAGCUACAAAAAGGCCAAUCCUAAAACGGCUGUCAUUUAAGCAUAUUAAUGGAAAGUUGAGUGAAAAGAAAAAGUAUGGUAGAGAAAGUUGCUAAAAAACUACAGGGAUUACUGCUGCAUUGAGAGGACUGUGAAGGGUUUUAAGAGUAUCCAGGACAUGAACGACAACUGUCACAUUUCUUUUGUAAGGCCACUCCUGAAUCAGAGACAUCAGAAGUGUCUUAUCAGGAUUAAGCGGUCCAAAGUCCUCUUUUCAAAUGAAAGAACAUUUACACUUAAUUUGAAUAUCAGGGUCAAGUGGAGGAAGGGUCAAUAGGCACAUAAUCCAAGUUGUUUGAGGUGCAGUAUGAAGUUUUCACAGUCAGUGAUAAUCUGGGAAGCUAUGUCAUCUGUUGGUAUGUGUUCAUUGUGCUUUAUCAAGUCCAAAGUCAGCGCAGUCCACCAGGAAAUUUGAUUUGUUUAAUAUAAAAAAGAAA